GGGGGCCGGACUCUCCGAGGCGGUGCCGCAGGGGACAGGACGCGCGGAGCGGAGGGCGCCGCAGCAGUCGCCGGAACGCCGGAGCGCAGGCCGCGAUGUCGGGGCUCUCCCGCCAGCUGUGCUGGGCCGCCGCCUGCCUGGCCGCGCUCUGUGCGCUGACCGCGGCUCAGAGCUUCAGCUCGGACCCGAACGGGACUACCACCACGACUCAGGCGACCACCGACGCAGCCACGACGCGGGUGACGACCGCCGCGCCGGCCACCACUCCGGCACCAGAUCCCUGUGACAACCGCAACAGCUGUGUUUCCUGUGUGAACACUAGCGUUGAUGCCACUGCCUGCUCUUGGAUAGAAUGUAAAGAGAAAAGCUACUGUUCACAUAAUACAACAGUUAGUGAUUGCCAGGUGGUGAAUAGCACACAGCUCUGUUCUGCACCGGAGCCCACUAUGAUGCCAACCAAUUCUACAGCUAAAACCACAACUCAGCCUUCCUCUUCUACAGCUACCACCACAGCUACUACAUCAGGUACAACUAAUAUUACUUUAAGUCCAACUUCACAACCUGGGCGGAAGUCUACCUUCGAUGCAGCCAGUUUCAUUGGAGGAAUUGUCCUCAUCUUGGGUGUGCAGGCUGUAAUCUUCUUUCUCUAUAAAUUCUGCAAAUCGAAAGAACGAAACUACCACACUCUGUAAACAGACCCAUUAAAUUAACAAGGACUGGUGUGUGACUCACUGAAACCAAAAUAUUAUCUUUCAAGAUGUCCCACAUGGAAGACGCUAUUCCAGGAUCUUUAUAUUUUCAAAGGAUGCAUAUAGGAUACUUUGGAGCAUCGUCCUUGAGGAAAAAUCACUUAAGUCAUUUUGCUCAACAGGAAUAUUUAAAAUAUUCUGCAUGAAUCCUUGUGGCUGUCUUCUUUUUUAUUUUAAAUGGCUGCUGCUGUGGGAUUAUGUUCUCUCUUCUUGACAUACCAAAUGUAACUCUGUAAGUGAUGGAAAACAUUGUCCUACGCAGACAACCUCAUGACUCUUUUGGCAGUUUAAAUUUAGUCCUUUUUAAAGCCUAAAAGCUGCAUUACUUUCAUCCUAUCUCAGGAUGUAGUUUAGUGACCAGAAUUGAGAAGAAUGUGCCAAAUGAGCAUCAAUCGGGUGGACUUUUGGCUGUCCUUUCAAAAGUGGAAUAAAUCUAUACAUUUAGUAUCCUUAGAGUAAACUGUAUCCUUAGAGUAAAAUUUUGUGCUUGAUAACAGUUAUUUUUUCUACAUUAGAAAUAAGAUGCCACACAGGGAAUUACAUUCCAGAGUUAAACGAGUGGAAAGGAUACAGACCAUUAAAGAAUAGCAGGUUAUCGUUCAUACUUGUAAAGCACCUUAAAUCACAGAAAAUAAAGAACAGUGCCUUAAAAAGACAGACGGAAAGGUAGACUGUGACUUCAGAUGUUUGUGAUUUAUUCUUUCACAGGAGGAAAGGUGAAGGUUGGUUUGAUGAUGUAACUGUUGACGAGCUGUAGUAGACCUGCUUUUAGAUACCGUACUGUUAGUAUUUAAUUGAAAUUUUACUAUUUUAUUUCAGACCUAAGCAAGUUAAGCUAAAGGAUGUUCUACAAAGUUGAAAGCCUUCAUAUAGUGAACUUCCCAACAUUUUUCUUAGGCUGUUAAAAAGUAUAAAAAUAAAGUUGACUGAUUUCUAUUUUCCUUGGUACUUUAGGCAGUAUCCUAACACUGUUGUACCUUGAGAGAAUUUUCACCAAGCUUCCUUGAAAAGUAACUUUUUUUGAGGCAAGAAGGAAAUAAGUUGUUUUAGGGUCAUUUAUUAAUUCUUUAAUGAGACAAUCAUUUUAAGUUUUGAGACCAGAAAUGUGACCAGUAUAAUUUCAGAAAAUCUAAGGAAUGUUAGUUGAUUUGGAUCACUGUAGAUUUUUAACAAUGAAUGCCCUGGAUUGACAGAUUGUGCUUUCUCUUUUUUUUUUUUUCUCUUUCUCUCCCAUCCUUCUUAUUAGUUUCAGUUCCUAUAGUAUAAUAAGCAUGCAUACUUUAGGUUUUUUUAGUUUUCUUAGGAAGCACUAGUUUUUUCAGUUUUAGAGGAUGCUGCUCCCCUGCUUUUGACAUAUUGGAUUAGUUCAGAGGUUUACAUUAGUUUUAUAAAAGCUUUGCUUUUCUAGGUCAUUAAAGGGUUUUUUUUUUUUUUUCUUUUUUUAGCUUUUUUAGCCUAUAGGGGCUGAGUUUAGCACUUGGUUUUCAAUAUUUUGUAGUAGGAAAUGACAGGUUGCUUUGGUCCAUUUCAUAAACCCAAAUUCCUUGCAUUUAGAUAUGAUUAUAUUCAAGGUUCUUAAAAUGAAGAUUUACUGUUUCUUUGUUACUUGCUGGUACAGUUUAAGUUUGUUUCACUUGCACAUUUGUACAUACACCAAAUGUUUUCAAGUGCCUUAAUUGUUUAAAAUCUCUGGCUUCAAAGGUUUUUGGGAAAAAGGUGGGUUUACCUCACAUUCUUGUGUUUUCAUUAGUAAUAUUCUGAGAUUAGUUUUAGGAACCUCACAAAAAUUUUUAUUAUGGUGCCAUGGUUGUUAGUUUUUAGUGAGUGCUGUAAGAUCCAAGAUUCAUUUUAAAAUAUACAGAAUUUCCUUUCUCCCAAAGUGGCAAAAUUUAGCUACAGUGGUACAAAUAUCAUUUACCUAGAUGUGAAUACCUUGUCACACGUUAAUGUCAACACAUACAGCAAUUUCUGUGAAAAGUAGCUGAUGAAGCCUCUCGUUUUCUGUAAUUUUGAAUACUGCUCUGGCAACAAAACCAUAAUAUGAAACCAGUUAGAUUCUGCAAGAAGAGCUCUUACAACAGAACUCACAGCCUCCCCCCCUCACCUUCCUUUGGUAUCUUGAGCCAUUAAUGAUUUUUUUUUUUAAUCCAGAAGGUAUAUUAAGAAACCUUUUCAGAUUUUUCUCCUGAUAUGUUCAUGUGGUUGUAGUUCUAUCAAAACACCUUAUUUUACCUUACAGACCUUCGUUGCACAGGCAGACACUGCUGUAUUUAGAAAUUUCUAUUUCAGUUCAUUAAAAACUGCAAAACCAAUCUGUAUCAUGUACCAAACUGAUUUAAAAUAAAUCUACAUGUUUAUUGAAUUAA